GAAAACUCAUUUUCUUCAAUGAAAACACACACACAUUUAUAUACCCAUGCGCAUAUCGCCAUGCGAAAAAAAAAAGUAAACUAUUUUUGUGCUUUCAUUCUCUAUAGUCCUCAACUCUCAAAAGGAUUAAAAAAAGCAGGCACAUGCUUCGAUGGAGAUACAGAGAGGGGAGGGAGAGGGAGAGGCGAGUCAACGAUGUGAACUGACAGAUGACACGCGUGAGGAACUAGCUUAUGCAUCAAAAAGGCAGGCAGACGGUAAAAUACAGUAAAAUAGUAAAAUAACAAACGCGGAAAAGUACAUGUGUCUUUUUUGCGUUCGAUGCAAUGCAGUGUCAAUAUGCAUGCAUACUUGGCUAGAGAUAUGCCGUUUGUUCAUGCCAAUCCCAUCAAGGUAUACGAAAG